AUGAAAUGUAAAACUGCCAAGAAAGCAUUUAGUUGCUCUGAGUGUGGUAAAACAUUUAGACAAAAGGGCCAUCUAACUGUACAUAUGAGGAUUCAUACAGGAGAGAAACCAUUUAGUUGCUAUGACUGUGGUAAAACAUUUAGCCACAAUAAUUCUCUAACUUUACAUAUGAGGAUCCAUACAGAAGAGAAACCAUUUAGUUGCUCUGAGUGUGGUAAAACAUUUAGCCGAAAGUACAGUCUAACUCUACAUAUGACGAUUCAUACAGAAGAGAAAGCAUUUAGUUGCUCUAUGUGUGGUAAAACAUUUAGAAGAAAGGGCCAUCUCACUGUACAUAUGAGGAUUCACACAGGAGAGAAACCAUUUAGUUGCUCUGAGUGUGGUAAAACAUUUAGCCGAAAGUUCAGUCUAACUUUACAUAUGAGGAUUCAUACAGGAGAGAAAUCAUUUAGUUGCUCUGUGUGUGGUAAAACAUUUCGCACAAAGGGCCAUCUUACUGAGCAUAUGACGAUUCAUACAGGAGAGAAAGCAUUUAGUUGCUCUGUGUGUGGUAAAACAUUUAGACAAAGGAGCCAUCUAACUAGACAUAUGAAGAUUCAUACAGGAGAGAAACCAUAUACUUGCUCCUAG